GGUGGGCGGGGAAUUCUGAGUAUAAACGACAGGCUGAGCGGGUUUGAAUACUUGGAGAAACGGAAAUAUUACAAAUCAUCUUAUAUUUCAAAUUUAUUUAAGUUCGCUUACAGUCUGUCGCGGUUAAGAGAGAGAAAUACGUCUGGCUAAACACAUACUUGUAGAGCUAAAGACGAAUUAAGCGCCUGUCUUUUGUUUAUCGAGGCUAGCCGGUAUUGGUAACGCGGACUCGCGGAGGUGAAAGGACCCUCUGCCGCGAGCUAGCUGGGUUAGCUAGCUCAGUUAACCGAUCCUCUUCACUUAGGGACGGCGCUGACAGAAAAGUCGUUUGUUUGGAUGUGGACAGGUCUCUUCCUUAAGGGAAGCCAUGGGAUUGACUGGGAGGAAAUCGGAGAGGGGUCCUGUUUGCUGGAGACGGAGAGUGAAGUCUGAGUACAUGCGACUGCGGCAGCUCAAACGUUUCAGGAGGGCAGACGAGGUCAAGAGCAUGUUCAACUCCAACAGACAGAAGAUAUUGGAGCGUACAGACAUAUUGAACCAGGAAUGGAAACUGAGACGGAUACAACCCGUUCAUAUUAUGACACCUGUGAGCUCCUUGCGAGGGACUAGAGAGUGCACUGUUGACAGUGGCUUCUCGGAGUUCUCCAGACAAGUCAUUCCUCUCAAAACACUGAACGCUGUGGCCUCUGUGCCGGUCAUGUACUCAUGGUCUCCACUCCAGCAAAAUUUUAUGGUUGAGGAUGAGACCGUAUUGCAUAACAUCCCUUACAUGGGUGAUGAAAUCCUUGAUCAAGAUGGCACUUUCAUUGAAGAGCUUAUUAAAAAUUACGAUGGAAAAGUUCAUGGAGAUAGAGAGUGUGGCUUCAUAAAUGAUGAGAUCUUUGUGGAGCUAGUGAGUGCACUCAAUCAGUACAGUGAUAAUGAGGAGGAUGAUGAAGAGGAGGAUCAGCAUGAUUGCAAGUUUGAGAAUAUGGACCUCUGUGAUGGAAAAUAUGAUGCUGAAGAGACCCACAAGGACCAUCUGAAUUCUGAGAGUCUCAACAAUGAUGGAUCAAAAAAGUUUCCCUCUGAUAAAAUAUUCGAAGCCAUUUCUUCCAUGUUUCCUGAUAAAGGUUCAACUGAAGAACUCAAAGAAAAAUAUAAAGAACUCACUGAGCAGCAGCUCCCAGGGGCUCUUCCUCCUGAAUGCACCCCCAACAUCGAUGGUCCAAAUGCUAAAUCAGUGCAAAGAGAGCAGAGUCUGCACUCCUUCCAUACACUAUUCUGCAGGCGUUGCUUCAAAUACGACUGUUUCCUUCACCCUUUUCAUGCAACUCCAAACACGUACAAGCGUAAGAACAUGGAGAAUCUGGUGGAUGGCAAACCAUGUGGCAUUUAUUGCUACAUGUAUAUGGUUCAGGAUGGCAUGGUCAGGGAAUACCCAGCAGGUGUGAUUGCGGAGCGUGCCAAGACCCCUUCUAAGCGCACAGUGGGCAGACGCAGAGGAAGACUCCCAAACAGCAACAGCAACAGCAGACCCAGCACACCAACAGUUAAUAAUGAGACUAAAGACACAGAUAGCGACCGAGAGGGAGGGGCAGAUGGAAACGACUGUAAUGAUAAAGAUGAUGAUGAUAAAAAGGAUGAGACCACCAGCUCCUCAGAGGCGAACUCCCGCUGUCAGACUCCAGUGAAGUUGAAGUUGAGCUCAGAGCCUCCUGAAAAUGUGGACUGGAGUGGUGCUGAGGCCUCUCUCUUCAGAGUGCUCAUUGGCACUUACUAUGACAACUUCUGUGCUAUCGCCAGACUCAUCGGCACAAAGACCUGCAGACAGGUUUAUGAAUUCAGGGUAAAAGAAUCUAGCAUCAUUGCACGAGCACCUACGGUGGAUGAAAACACUCCUCAAAGGAAGAAGAAGAGGAAACACAGACUGUGGGCCACUCAUUGUCGGAAAAUUCAACUAAAGAAAGAUGGCUCUUCCAAUCAUGUGUACAACUACCAGCCAUGUGACCACCCACGCCAGCCGUGUGACAGUUCUUGCCCUUGUGUCACUGCCCAAAACUUCUGUGAGAAGUUUUGCCAGUGUAGCUCAGAAUGUCAGAACCGGUUUCCAGGCUGCCGCUGUAAGGCGCAGUGUAACACCAAGCAGUGCCCCUGUUACCUGGCUGUACGAGAGUGUGACCCUGACCUGUGUCUCACCUGUGGGGCGGCUGAACACUGGGACAGUAAAAAUGUCUCCUGCAAGAACUGUAGCAUCCAGAGAGGAGCAAAGAAGCACUUGCUACUGGCUCCAUCUGAUGUGGCCGGAUGGGGAAUCUUUAUCAAAGAGCCAGUUCAGAAAAAUGAGUUCAUCUCCGAGUACUGUGGGGAGAUCAUCUCCCAGGAUGAGGCAGACCGCAGAGGCAAGGUGUAUGACAAAUACAUGUGCAGCUUCCUGUUCAACCUUAACAAUGAUUUUGUUGUUGAUGCAACUAGGAAAGGAAACAAGAUCAGGUUUGCCAACCAUUCUGUAAACCCCAACUGCUAUGCAAAGGUGAUGAUGGUUAACGGGGAUCACAGGAUUGGCAUAUUUGCUAAGAGAGCCAUACAGACUGGAGAGGAACUGUUCUUUGACUACAGAUACAGUCAAGCUGACGCUCUGAAAUACGUAGGUAUUGAACGUGAAAUGGAAAUUCCAUAAAGCCAUCUACCUCCUUCAACAAAUGCCUUACACUCUUUAGGAAUUCUCUCUCCACAUGCAUUUCCAAUACAGUUUUAUAAGACAA